AUGACUCACACAGACCAUGCAGUAAUGACCACAAGGGCAUCACAUAAAAAUACCAGGUCUCCCUUAAAGAUGGGCGCAAAACAACUUCUACCAAACCUGCGAUGCAAAAGUGGUUUAUUUCUUAUACUAUUCGCCAUAAUAGCGCUGGGUAUUUAUCUGGACUCAAAUAAACUUGGAGCGAAUUUUGAUAAUGUAUGGUUGGCGAGUUUUCAUAAUAGAAACAUGCAGAAAGCAAAUUAUCAAGUUCAACAAAUGCAGAUAUGUAAUUUAGAUUUUCUACAGCGAUACCUGAUAAAAAACAAAAGGUUUCUAGGAUACGGAAAAUGGGUAAACAGAAAAUGGCUGCCAAAAGAGUGCAUUGUUCCAGAGUUACAGAGCCCUGCUCAGCUUGUUUCAUGUUUGAAAAGGAAAAAGAUAAGGAAGAUAGGACAGACUGGAGACUCUCAAUCGAUGAAAUAUAUGGCGGCUAUGAAACGGGGUGAAGGGAUUUUCAAGUGCAAGGAACUUAAAAGGGAAACUAGAAGUAUAAGAACACCCUCUCCGAGUUAUUUUAGCCCUCCUUUGGACAAAAAAUAUUUAACGGUUGCAAACAGAGACUGCAAUGGGUGUGCUGGAGAGCUGGUUCAAUGCACAGCACCAAAUGGCAUCGUCACUUCUGACAUAGAAGUGUUAAUAACCGAAUUUAUAAAAGACCACGAAAUUACCACAAAAAGAAACUUCUGGAAAGGUGAUUGUGAUAUCAGGCUGAAGCAAAUUAACCAGAUACAUUGCCAAGACUCUGUUACAACGCAAGAAGUAUAUUUCCGCGAGUAUUGGCCGCUGUCAGGUUAUCCAGAUGUCAUUAACAUAUACGCUGUACAUGUGCACGAGGCACAGAAACGAACGCCCCGUGAUUUUGCCCGUGAUUUUACUUGGUUCAUUGACCUCAUUGUCUCUGUUAUACCAAAAACAACUAAAAUAUUAUAUUGGAAUUCACCGCAUGUCGAUCCUUCAAAGCAACCAGUCAAAUGGAGGGAUGUUACGGGCAAUGAAUUCAUAAAGCAGUUGAAUGCAAUCAGCGCAUCUGUGAUAAGGAAGUAUAUAAUUGAGAAAAAUGCAACUAAUUUAUACCCCAUGUUUGACUUGUAUGAAAUUUCAAAAGACGUAUUGCACUGGAAUACGGAUGGUGUUCACUUUGAACCAAUAUGGUACAAGACCGUCAUAUCCUUGUUUUGGGCCACGUUGUGCCAAAGUUGAGUUUUUGGAAUUAUUCAAAUUAUGAGCACACUGUAGAAAUUGCAUACAGAUACUCAAUACAAAAUUGAACGGUGUUUGAAGACGAUGACGACUCCGAAUAUUUUUUCUUUAGAUGU